AUGCCCAGGGACAAGACAUCUAAUGAACAUCAAGGAUAUGGCUUCGUAGAAUUCCGCAAUGAAGAAGACGCUGAUUAUGCUAUCAAAAUCAUGCAUAUGAUAAAAUUAUAUGGAAAACCUAUAAAAGCCAAUAAGGCUUCUCAGGACAAAAAAAGCCAAGACAUCGGGGCAAAUAUUUUUGUGGGGAAUUUAGAUGCAGAAGUAGACGAAAAAAAGCUUUUUGAGACUUUUUCAAUAUUUGGGAAUGUGAUUUCAGCGAGGAUUAAUAGAGAUAAUAUGACUGGGACUUCGCAUAGGUAUGGGUUUGUGAGUUUUGAUAAUUUUGAAAGCUCAGAUGGGGCGAUACAGUCUAUGAAUGGACAAUUUUUGUGUAAUAAGCCAAUUACAGUGACUUAUGCUUAUAAGAGAGACUCGAAAAGAGAAAAAUUCGGGUCUAUGGCUGAAAGGAUUUUAGCAGCUAAUCGGCCUUAUAGCAGACCUAUGUGGACUGGAGCUUAUAAAGCUCCACAGGUCCCUCAAAGUUCACAGCCUCCGCCUAUUCCAAGCCAGUCAAGAUCUUUUCCUCCACCCCCGCCUCCUCCGCCUAUACGUCCUUCACUUCCUCCUCCAAUUAAUUAA